CCGUGCCCACGGUGUGCCUGGCAGAUGGGGCACCCCUUUCUCGCAGCCUGUAAGAGCAGAGAAAACCUUUCAGAGCUACAGGACAAGUGAUAUUUUUGGCUCGGCUCACAGAUCGAUUCCUGCCCUCUCCUUUCCCUGCCACUUGCAGGAAGGACUCCCCAAGUGAGGAUGUAGAGAGCAGCUUUUAAAGAAGUGGAGCAGGGUGCUGCAGCCUCCCAUGCACCAGGGCUCUACAAAGCAGAAGAAAACAGCACCUGAAAUGAUCGUGAAGGAAUGAUGAUCUGUUAAUUUUGCAAACAAAGCAUGAUGCACCCAACAUGCAAGUGAUUACACAUGGAAACAAGUUACACAUCAGAGAUGACCAUGCUGAUCACGGUAUCAUCCUCCAUCCAGCCCACUCCCAUCCGCCACCAUGCAUCUCCCCCUCCCACCCUUCCAAAGCCCAAGAAGGACAACCUGCGGCUCCAGCAGCUGCUGAAGAAGGCUGCCAAGAAGAAUGCCAUGCUAGCAGCAGAGCAAGCUAAGUCUUUCCGAUCCAACCUCUCCCCAGUGAACGAGGCCAGCUCUGACCUAGAACACAGUGAGAACGUUCCCCCAGCAGAGACCCCCAAAGCAGUAGCCCCUGGCUCCACCAGCCUCCCAGUGCACCUCUCCAUCAAGCCUAUCACACACCAUCGUGUGCCCUCCCCUUUCCGCAAGAGCAAGCCCUUUGUGUUGAAGGUCACUGAGCAGAGACGCAUUGCUGAGCACCUCAGGCUCACCACCCCCACAGCUGAGUCCCCACUGCAUGAUCCAGGUGCUCCCAAGGCUCCCCAGAAGCUUGAAGGCACAGAUGCACACCUUCCCUCUCCACACAACACUUCAGUACUUAUUUCCCCCCAUCCUCCUCUUUCCAGUACACCCAGCAAGGAAGGGACAUCAGAGGCUACCUAUAUCACCAAGGUGCACACUUAUUUCCGCAGCGUCAAGGCACCGAGAACCAAGACACCAACAUCAUAUCAGACCCAAGCAACAUCCAGCCAUGAAGACAAAAGGCCUUCUUCUCCAUCACCUGAAACAAGUGGCUCUGAACCAUUCCCAGGGCAGACAUCUGCCCCCCUUGACAGCAGCAAGGCACCACCUCCUACACAGCAGCCUGCUCUCCCUCCUGCUGCAAAGGCAGAGAUUCCUAGCCAAGCUCCCAGGCCCACCUCUCCUGAAGAGACUAGUAAUGACCCUUCACCCAAGCCUAGCACCCCUGAUGUCCACUCCUGUAAAGUUACAGCCCAUGGAAGUGAAGCAGAAAUAUUCAGAUCAAAGAAAGCUCCUGAAUUGCACAGACAAGAUGGUGAUAUGCUUAAACCAUUGACACCCAGCACACCUUGGAAGCCAGAACACCCUGAAACAGCAAGCCCUGCACAAGCUGGGCCUACCCCCAAUGACAUGAAGGUGGAACACACUGUGCAACCUCAGCCAACUCCCAGCUUGCCGAACACCAGCCCUCCUCUCAAAGCCAAGCCAACACCAGUGGAAGACUCGAGGCCUUUGGGAGCCAAGGGCAGUGGCUGGCAUCGUCUCAGGAAGCACCUGAUAUUGCAGCCAGAAGCACCCAGCUUCCCUGAGCUUGAAGCAGAAAAACAAAGACAGGAGGAAGGGAACAAGGAAAAGGACAGCUCUCUAAGCAUCAGUCAAGACAACAGACCAUUUAAAUCUAGAGCCAUGAAGAUGUGGGAUGCCAUUUUAUACCAGAUGACAGUCAACAAGGAGAGGAAGCAGCAAGCAGAAGAGAAGAAAGCACAGAAGGAAGAAGGCUUCUUUCUUCCCCGUCGUUUACCCAUCUUUCUCUAUAAGCCGCGUUUCGAUGCCCGGAAACUGAGAGAGCUGGCUGCCAAACCCAUGUCAAAGAUCACCACUGUGUUUGAGGUAGGCCGGUAUGGAUCCAGGACAGACAAGGAACACGCCAAGAGCUUUAACAGAACAGCAUCAGGAUGGUCAGUCAACUGACGCCAAGUUACUCCAGGAGACCUACCACUCCAGAGGGUCCUACAGGGCACCAUGCAAGGGAGCACCUGCUACUAGGUAGUCUGCCUGGCAGAGCCAAGUGUAAGGAAAAAAUAAAAUAAAAGUAAACCACCUCCAAGCCAGCAGCCUCAUGCUGAGAAUUUAAGGGUUACUCUAUAUAAGCUUAUAUGCUUUACAUACUACAUCCACAUGCCACAAACCAAAGAAUCAGACACACGUUUUCAAAAGAACCGAUAACAAAACACUAAGCAGUAAUAUAGAGCAGGGAGGGAUGAGACAGCAAAGACAAUCUGCCUAUGGAAAAAGCCCCAUUUAGAGUAAGGUGAUAGAACUUGAAGGUGGGAAUGUAUCUCUUCACCCAAAGCAGAGGCAAGGGAUUGCAUAAGAUCUAAUCCGUUCUGCUUUCACACAGCCAUUCCCCCACUGAAGGGGUUGGGCCAAUCUAGUAAGUCAUAGCACACCAAGACUAACAUUUUUCUAGAAAAGAAGUUCUGCCAUAUAUUUUAUUUGUUUUUUAGUACAGGUGGGAUUAUGUUUUCCCUGAUAGCCUGCUUCAGCGUGUGAGCAUCAGUCCCAGUUACUUACUAGCGUGCUGUUUUCUGGGGGAAUCCAAUAGGUCCAAGUAGUCUCACUCUGCUGUAGGGCAGAAUUAUGACAUUAUGGCAUACUUAUUAGUGCCUGGUGUCUUGAAAAAUAAUUGCUUAAAACAAAAUCCCUGACACCAGCCAUUCAUAGAAACAACUGUCCCUUCCAGCAUUAGUCACCUCUUCACAUCUGAACAUCACCAGACUUAUAAGCAAGAAAGCUGGUGGCCAGCUAUUUCUGUCUCUCAGGAGACUUUGUCAUUUGCUGGGAUGUUCCUACACAGCUGAUAUAGGACUGCUAUGUUUAGCCCCAUAGGAAAUUGGAUAUGUAACUCUUUACAUUCUCUUCCCAUACAGAGGAUAUGGAGCUGAGUGAAACUUCCCCAAGCUGAACUGUAUAUAGACUUAGGGGUAAGGGGAGGGGUGUGGGGGGAGGGAGAAGAUCCUUUUUCCAUUUUGAAAACUUCUACUGCUAUCAGAAGAACUGUUAUAACCAACCCUUCAUGGAAGUGUCAGCUUUGUUGGUCUAAUCCUAUUUUUUUUUUU